CAAGUCUCAAGUCAAGACAGGAUGGAUCUGUUAUCGUGGAUUUGGCUUGUUUUUACUCUGUCAUUUCUGUUUGUGAUACUUUCUUAUUCACAAACUGUGUAUAAUUGUUUACCGAACCUGUUAAAAGAUGUUGUUGUCUACGGAAAGCUAUUAGACCCCCGGAAACGGACCAGUAUCCAACAGUUUCUGCUUGUACCAAAGAGAUGGUUUGUUCAUUUUUACAUCCUAUCUUUCAUCUGGAAUGGCUUUAUUUUGAUGAAUAUUCUUCAGUGUACUUUCCAAGGUUCAGUCUUGCCAGAUUGGUUUACUAAGAUGAUCACAUUUCUGACAAAGUAUCCUGUAUCACACCCUUCAGCUGAUCUACUCACUGUCAUAAUAGCCAUGGUAGUCAUCGUUAUCCAUGCACAUAGGAGAAUCUAUGAAUGUGUUGCCAUCAGUGUAUACUCCAACUCCAGUAUUCAUAUAAGUCACUACAUCACAGGCAUCAUGUUUUACUCAUUUGUUGGCAUCAGUGUUGUGGCAGAGGGACCAAAUUUUAGUGUGAAAGGUGGAGCUAUUCAAGCACUGGAUCUUUUGAAACACAUCCGCUGGUAUCACAUAGCGGGCUUAUUAAUGUUCAUUUGGGCCAGUUUACAUCAUCAUAGAGCUCAUGUCAUCUUUGCAAGUUUGAGAAAAACAAAGAAAGAUGUUAGCCGUCAUAUGAUCCCCCAAGGAGAUUGGUUUGACUACGUCUCAUGUCCCCACUACUUUGCGGAAUGCCUCAUUUAUGCCUCUCUUGGGGUCAUCCUUGGUGGUUAUCAUACAACAUGGUGGUUAGUCCUGGCCUUUGUGUUUUCCAAUCAGAUAGCUGCAUCAACCAAGGUCCAUCGAUGGUACCAGGACAAGUUUGAUAAUUACCCUAAAGAGAGGAAGGCUUUUUUCCCAUUCCUCUUUUAAUAUCUCCUGAAGAUUCCUGGUUAACUCUAGACCAGACUUUUGGACAUGUUGAUAUUGUGAUCGAGGGGAAAUGUUGGCAAUUAAUCAGUAAUCAACAAUGGCCAAUCAAGAUCAUUGUUUAAUGUGCAUUCUGUUCAAAACACUGAUCAUGAACCAAUCAGAGUUGGUCUUUCAUAUUUGCAAUCCAUGUCAAACUUUUGUGUUCUGAGGCCCAGCUAGGUCCAAACCUCACAUCACAUCAGGUACGGAAAUGAAAGACUUCUCCUGUUGAUUUUC